GAUUUAACUUAUGGAUAUAAAUGUUAGCAUUGGAGUAACUAGAAGAGUGACUGUGCCGCAAGUAUAAAACAUAAAACGCAUAGGACAGACUCGUUCAAUGUUAAAUGAGAUUCUUUGAUAGUUCAAUAGCCAACUCCAACAUUUAAUAACUUCAACUUUGGAUCAACUGACAUUUACACCAAACUAGUAAUCACGCAAUUAAAGAACGAUUCAUCACGAGAUAAAUAAUCUCCCUCUUACCAAUAUCUGCGAUGACUUCUAAGACAGUUGCUUUUUUUGGCGCGAGUACAGGUAUAGGUCAUUCGGCCCUGAAGCACUCUCUCGCAGCUGGGUAUCAAUGCAUCGCGCUCUGUCGCAACCCGUCUAAGCUUACCUCAGUAUUAACAAGAGAAAGUUGGCCUAAUCUUCAGGUCGUGCAAGGUAAUGCGCACGACACUGCGGCCGUCUCGCGCUGUCUCAAAGCUUCAGACAACAAACUUGUCGAUGAGAUUGUUUUCACAAUCGGAGGAAAGCCUAUACCAGCGAAAAUGACUAUCGACGAUCCGCAUGUAUGUGAGAAGGGCAUUACUACCGUCCUCAACGCCAUCCUCACGCUGAGAGGGCAAGGUGUCGUCGGCAGACCUCACAUCAUCGUGUGCAGUACUGCCGGCAUGUCUGAGUUCGGGCGAGACAUACCUGUUACCUAUCUGCCGCUAUUCUCCCUUUUUCUCAAGGUACCCGGCGCGGACAAAAGAGCCAUGGAGAACAAGCUAGUCGCGAGUGGUGAAGACUUCACCAUCGUACGCGCAGCUAUGUUCCUCAACGAUGGGGAGACAAAUAAACAAGUGCGCGCUGGCGUUGAGGACCCCCAAACCGGAAUUGAAUCUAAGGCUAUCGGAUACAGUAUCUCCAGGGAAGAUGCGGGGAAAUGGAUCGCACGGAAUCUCGUCGUAGAGAGAAACCCGAAAUAUCUCAACAAGACUGCCACGAUUGUUUAUUGAGCAGUAUGUUAAGAGUUUGGAGCCAAUGCGCAUAGAAUUGUAUAGUAAGGUGUUUUGGGAUCUUGAGGACAGUUGUAUAGAUUAGGAGGCGUAAAGUUUGGGCGUUUUGGAUGCAUAAUGUCACUGAAUAUAUCAAGAAAGGGUUGCAUUCAAGAGAAGAUACAGCAGGAGAUAGAAAGAACAUUAGGUAGGUGCAUAGUGUAAACUUCAAACAUUCAAUUGAAGUGCUCACUCACACAAAAGACUCUGAUCUAUAAGCCACAAAACAGAGCCACAUCUGAUAAGAUCGCGAUAAGAAAUAAAAUCCCGACGC